AGCCUAUCUAUAUGAUGACAAUAUUGAAGACAGAUGAAUAAAGAGCAUAAAAAAGACUUUUAUUAAACUCAGCAUCUCAACUUGUUAACUUGAUACCAUAAACAAGUAUAUAUGGAUAUGAAAACACUUUUAGUACAAUCACAAACUUUCAUAUUUAAAUAAUUAGUACUACAUACUUUAGUCCUCACUAAACACUAUUAAUAGAACUAUGGCUGAAACAUUUGGCUUUGAUGUUGCGAACUCGCUCCUAGGGAAACUAGCUUCUUAUGCUUGUGAAGAAGCUUUUCGAACCUAUGGUGUGUAUGAAGAUCUACAAGGGUUCAAAGACACUUUAUCAAUUGCUAAUGGUGUGAUGUUGGAUGCUGAGUACAAGAAGGACCAAAAGCACGGGCUGCAUGAAUGGCUGAGGCAGAUUCAAAACAUUUGCUCUGAUGCGGAAGACAUAUUUGAUGGAAUUGAGUUCCAACACAAGCACAGCCAAAUUGUCAAAGGACGCCACUUGUUUUCUUCCUCUAACCCACUUGUUUUCCGUCUUAGGAUGGCGUGUCAAAUCAAAGAGAUUAGGGGAAAAUUGGACAAAUUAGUGGCUGAUGGGACUACGGUUGGACUUGAUAUGCACGAAAGAGAAAUGACUUAUCCGGAUGACGGAUGUUGAUGCUUCAAGUGUAAUAUGAAGGGAAAUUGAGCAGCCUUUUUAUCAUUACAAUCCUUAGCUUCCUUUUCAUGUCAGCCAAGAGUGGAAAUGAAGGAUUGGAAGCAAAAGUUCAGGGUAGAACAGGAAGUUCAACCUUGUCAAAGGAAAAGAAACUGACCCUUCCUUCAGUGACCGGGCAAAUUUUCAAUGGAACGUCGCCACACUGUCUCUCAAGAACUUCUAUUUCUGUACUAAAUAUAUGAAGGAAAUUAGAGCUAAGGACAAAUUUGCAUAGCUAUUCAUGUAAUAGACACGAUUACUCCGUAAUUUUUUUGAUAAUAGUAUUAAAACCACUUUAAAAAUUUAAAGUAAUCAUAGUGAUAUGAUUUGAGAUGUAAUUACAUAGACAAGUAGAGCAGAAAAUUUGGAUGACCAGGAGAAGACUUUCUAAACCUGUUGUUUGGAAGAUAAACAUCAAAACCCGGCUUCAAAUCAUUAAUCUUCAAGUCACCAAAUAACUUAUCAAUGGAAACCUCGACUGUGUAAACCACGUAUACUAACUGCUUGCAUUCUUCUGUUCCUUCAAGAUCAGCACAUUUAACUGAAUUGCCGAUACUCUUCAAACUCCAAGCAACAUUGUGCCGCGCAAUUAUGUACCCGAGAGAUUCGAGGUGCCUGUAAGCUUGAAAAAGCUCCCAACAACAUCCACUCUUCCCGGCAGCAACCUUUUCAUACAUUUCUACUAGAGAUAUACUUGUAUCACCAUUAUCUAAUAGAUCUAAGGCUUCUAGUUCUAUAAGGUACCUGUUCCAUAAAUUUAUCAACAAGUAAAGAAAACAAAAUCAUAAUAAACGAGAAACCAUUUAAACCUAAAAUUAACGCUUGUAAUCUUUCUCGCUUUGAUACAAGAAUUGUGAAAUUAGAAGAGAAAAAAUACAUGAAGGUUGAUGAAGACUAAAACUACGUGCAUAAUAAUUUUGUUGAGAAAAAAACAUAUAAGUUUUUUAUAUGGAAAAACAAAAUCUAGUAAUUUUAUAUGUACCAAAAACAUAUUUAAUCCAAAAAUUAAUA